AUGUUCGCUUCUCUUUUAGUUACGGUUGCUCUUGCCCUCUUUGGCGGAGUCGGUGCUGCCCCGCAGAAGCGUGCGCCUGCUCAAGUGUAUAGAAAAUGCACUGUUGCCAACACGGUAGCUCUGACUUUUGAUGACGGCCCCCAUGCGUGGCUCUACGAUAUCAGCGACGCCCUCAGUGCUGCCGGAGCCCAAGGCACCUUCUUCUUCAACGGUAACAACUUUGGUUGCAUCUACGACGACGUUAACGUACAGCGUAUCAAAUACGCGUACGAUAAUGGUCACCAAGUCGCCUCCCAUACCUGGAGCCACAAAGAUCUUGCAACACUCUCAUCGGCCCAAAUCCAUGACGAGAUGGAGAGAGUUGAAUUGGCCCUCCAGCGAAUCUGCGGUGUACAACCCGCCUUCAUGCGCCCUCCCCUCGGCAACUACAACGAUCUCGUGCUUGAAGUUUCCGGGGCUCGCGGUCAAGACGUUGCAAUCUGGGACUUCGAUUCUGGUGAUUCUCUCGGGGCCUCUGCUCAGGAGAGCAUAAACAGAUAUGACGAGGUUGCAAGCCAACACCCCAGCAGCAUUCUCGCUCUGAACCACGAAACUAUCGCGUCCACAUCAGAGCAAGUUGUUCCUUACGCCAUACAACGGUUGCAGCAAGCCGGCUACAGGCUUGUCACUCUGGCUGAGUGCCUCGGUCAGCAACCAUACCAGUGGGUAGGAGAACCCCAAACGAGAGACUCAAACUGGACUUGCUGA